GCUUCUCUUUGGUUUCCAACUAGAAAAAAAACUCAACGAGAUUUUGGCUUAUUACUACUUAAGGAAAGGAUAAAAAAAGAGAGAAUCAAAGACGAAGGGAUAAUGAAGGAGACGAUGCAGCGAAGGAGUUUAUGUUUUGCAAUGGUGGUUUUUCUGCUUUUUGGCGUUGCUGCUCCUAUGAACGACGAAGGGAAAGCUCUGAUGGCGAUAAAAGGGUCUUUCAGCAACUUAGUGAAUAUGCUUUUGGAUUGGGACGAUGUACACAACACGGACUUCUGUUCUUGGAGGGGUGUCUUCUGCGACAACGUUAGCUUAUCCGUUGUCUCGCUGAAUCUGUCCAAUCUGAACCUUGGAGGGGAGAUAUCUCCAGCUGUGGGAGAUUUACGGAACUUGCAGUCAAUAGACUUUCAAGGAAAUAAAUUGGCUGGCCAAAUUCCAGAUGAGAUUGGAAACUGUGCUUCUCUUGUUUAUCUGGAUUUCUCUGAUAAUCUGUUAUAUGGAGACAUACCCUUCUCAAUCUCUAAACUCAAGCAGCUGGACACUCUGUAUGUAGUUCUACUGCCCCAUACCGGCACCUUAACACAGAUUCCAAACCUUAAGAUACUUGAUCUUGCUGGGAAUCAUCUAACGGGUGAGAUACCGAGGUUACUAUACUGGAAUGAAGUUUUACAGUACCUCGGUUUACGCGGGAAUAUGUUGACUGGAAAUCUGUCUUUUGAUAUGUGUCAGCUAACCGGUUUGUGGUACUUUGAUGCGAGAGGCAAUAGUCUAACUGGAACUAUACCGGAGAGCAUUGGAAAUUGCACAAGCUUUCAAAUCCUGGACAUUUCUUAUAAUCAGAUAACUGGAGAGAUUCCUUACAAUAUCGGUUUUCUACAAGUCGCUACUCUGUCACUACAAGGAAACAGAUUAACGGGAAGAAUUCCAGAAGUUAUUGGUCUAAUGCAGGCUCUUGCUGUUUUGGAUUUGAGUGACAAUGAGCUAGUCGGUCCUAUCCCACCGAUACUUGGCAAUCUCUCAUUCACGGGGAAGCUGUAUCUUCAUGGCAACAAACUUACUGGUCCCAUCCCAUCUGAGCUUGGGAACAUGUCACGUCUCAGCUAUUUGCAACUAAAUGACAACAAACUUGUAGGAACUAUCCCACCUGAGCUUGGGAAGCUUGAGCAAUUGUUUGAACUGAAUCUUGCCAACAACCGUUUGGUAGGGCCGAUACCAUCUAACAUCAGUUCAUGUGCAGCCUUGAAUCAAUUCAAUGUGCAUGGGAACCUUUUGAGUGGAUCUAUACCAUUGGCGCUCCGCAAUCUUAGGAGCUUGACUUAUCUAAAUCUUUCAUCAAACAAUUUCAAGGGCAAAAUACCAACUGAGCUUGGACAUAUAAUCAAUCUUGACAAACUAGACCUGUCUGGUAAUAAUUUCUCAGGGUCUAUACCAUUAACGCUUGGUGAUCUAGAACACCUUCUCAUAUUAAAUCUCAGCCGAAACCAUCUCAAUGCACAAUUGCCUGCAGAGUUUGGGAACCUUCGAAGCAUUCAAAUGAUUGAUGUAUCAUUCAAUCUGCUCUCCGGAGUUAUUCCCACUGAACUUGGCCAGUUGCAGGAUUUAAACUCUUUAAUAUUGAAUAACAACAAGCUUCAUGGGAAAAUUCCGGACCAGCUUACAAAUUGCUCCACUCUUAUCAAUCUGAAUGUUUCCUUCAACAAUCUCUCCGGGACAGUACCAUCAAUGAAAAACUUCUCACGUUUUGCUCCAGCCAGCUUCAUCGGAAAUCCAUAUCUUUGUGGAAAUUGGGUUGGAUCUAUUUGUGGUCCUUCUCUGCCUAAAUUACCAGGAUUCUCCAAAGCUGUUGUAAUCUGUAUUGUUCUCGGGUUCAUCACUCUCCUAUGUAUGAUAAUAAUCGUGGUUUACAAAUCCAAGCAGCAGAAGAAACCCCUAAAAGGCUCCUCAAAACAAGCCGAAGGCUCAACCAAGCUUGUAAUUCUCCAUAUGGACUUGGCGAUUCACACAUUCGAUGAUAUAAUGAGAGUAACCGAGAAUUUUAGUGAAAAGUUCAUAAUUGGAUACGGUGCUUCUAGCACGGUCUACAAAUGCACUUUGAAAACUUCCCGACCUAUUGCCAUCAAGCGACUCUACAAUCAGUAUCCACAUAACUUGCGUGAGUUUGAGACAGAACUCGAAACCAUAGGGAGCAUUAGGCACAGAAAUAUAGUCAGCUUGCAUGGAUACGCCUUGUCUUCUAUUGGAAACCUUCUUUUCUAUGAUUACAUGGAAAAUGGAUCUCUUUGGGACCUUCUUCAUGGGCCAUUGAAGAAAGUGAAGCUUGACUGGGAGACAAGGUUGAAGAUAGCGGUUGGAGCUGCACAAGGACUCGCCUAUCUUCACCAUGACUGUACUCCUCGGAUAAUUCAUCGCGACAUCAAGUCAUCAAAUAUACUUCUUGAUGAGAAUUUUGAAGCGCAUUUAUCAGACUUUGGGAUUGCUAAGAGCAUACCAACGAGCAAAACUCAUGCUUCAACCUAUGUUUUGGGGACAAUUGGCUAUAUAGACCCAGAGUAUGCUCGUACUUCUCGUCUCAAUGAGAAAUCUGAUAUCUACAGCUUCGGAAUUGUUCUUCUUGAGCUUCUUACUGGGAAGAAAGCAGUGGAUAACGAAGCUAACUUGCAUCAAAUGGUAUUGUCAAAGGCUGAUGAUAAUACGAUUAUGGAAACGGUUGAUCCAGAGGUUACUGUGACUUGUAUGGACUUGGGACAUCUAAGGAAGACAUUUAAGCUAGCUCUUUUAUGCACAAAGCGAAACCCAUUAGAGAGACCCACAAUGCUUGAAGUUUCUAGGGUUCUGCUCUCUCUUCUUCCAUCUCUGCAAGCAGGGAAGAAGCUGCCUUCUCUUGAUCCAUCAAAAAAGCCUACGGAAUAUGAAGAUAAGGACCAGCAAAAGCAGAAGCAAGAGAAGGGUGAAGUUAGGAAUCAUGAGGAAGAAGGAUCACAAUGGUUUGUUCAGUUCCGUGAAGUUAUCUCCAAAAAUAGCUUAUAAGAUUUCAGUUUUAAAGAGCUUUUCCAGGGUUUUUGCUGGCCUUCUUGUAUUCCAAGGAAGAUGGCGUUGCUGAUUGGAAAGUUAAGGAUGGUUUAAGUGAAAUUUAAUGUAGUACAAGGGGCAUUUUGGCCAGGGAAAAAGAAGUUAAUGUUUGUGGUAGGGAAACAUUUAAGACAAGAACAAAGGUUAUAUGAUAAAGGGAUAUGUGAAGUUAAUGUU